GAGUGCCUUACGACAUUGAUUAAGCGACACACCAAUCUUGAUAUUAACAAACGGAGUUACUUGCGCGGCUCUCGCGAGCUGAUAUCAAGUUUGACAUAUGCAUAUUAAUUUUAUUACGUCGACGUACUUUGGAAAUGAAUGCGAUUCGUCUCGCCAGUAUGACUUGCGCGUACCGUUCCCUCAUCGGAGUAAAAGCCCUGCGGGUUUCCGUUCGCCGAGCACCGAGAGCGGAAUCCGAGUCUGCGCCAUGCUUUGCAGAGGCGUGUCCUGGCUCACACGCUCUUAUUUAGUAACAUAGAAGCUUUACUCGUCCACGAUCUUUCGGGGUGGAACGUGCGCGCGCGAGUUUACUCCGAAAAGGGAGAGAAGAGACCUCGAGAGACGAGAGACGCGAAAGAGCGGUGGAUCCGCCGCCGGCGAUCCGGCGAUAAAUACGGCGGCGACCGAGAGAGGAGAGCGAAAUUUUCGGUGGAAAAUGUAACGAUUUCGAGAAGCCUUCUCGCAAAGAGGGAAGAGAACCGCAAGGGUGAGAGGAAGGACGAGAGCGGCGAUUUUCUAAUUUCACGGGGAGACGAGCUUCGCCAUCGGGAGGGAAGUUCAUGGCGUGAGACGUCAUCGGCGCCUCGGAGACUCGCCUAUUUUCUUCGCGGAAGUGUGAAGCCUCGAAAUCAGGAUGCACGCGGUUGGAUUGCACUCGGCGCUGGCCAUCAAACGUCAGCGAAAGCGCCGGGACGAGCAGCGUCGCGCUCGCGAGCGUCGUUAUAGCGCGCAAUCAGGCGAAAGCGGCCUGACGUCGCCUAGGGCCUCGACCGGCUCCCUGGACCACCAUGGCAGGCAUCACAAGGGCACGCACGGCGCGGCGCGCAACGCCGGCCAGGGGAUGCUGGACACCAAGGUGGUCACCUCGAUCGGGAUGCUGCACAUCGGCGUGGUGUUCCUCGUCCUGGGCGCCUUUCUCCUCAUGAGCGGCCUGCUGCCCGGCGACCUCGCUCACUGGGGCACCAAGGCUUCCAGCGGCUGGUGGAACGAGCUCGUCGCCGUGGGACUGUUCGCGGUCGUCGUCGGCGUCUUCCUCAUCGUGCUGAAUCGCGUGAUCGCCAAGAAGGAGGAGGACGAUCUGGAGCAGUACGUUCAACGUCAGCUCACCAGAUCCAGAUCCGGGCAUCGAUUGGAACGGGACGUGGAGACCGGCGGGCUCACCACCCGCCACGCCAGACGGGCCAAGCAGAUGAAGCAGGCGGCCUCGGAUACGUCUCUCGAGAUUAAGGACGGGAAGGCCGUCGACGGUGACGGAUCGCCGCCCAGGAGCCCGCCACCGGCUUACUCGCCGCAGAUCGCGAUCAACGGGGACAAUCAGGCGGUACAAUCAGCGUUGUAUCUGGAGCAGAUUACCGAGGAGGAGAUUAUCAGCGAUCGCGUCGAGACCUCGACCACCACCAGCCUCAGUCCGGGCUCGCCCAGCGAGACUCGCGAGUUGCUGCAGAACGUCCGAUAUUCCAAGCAAAAUGGGAAUCCGCAACAAGUUCAUCGGCCGCUUUACGUUUCCAAGAUCUAGACGGCGGGGAAGAGAGAGGUCGCGUUGCGAUUUCGCCGGAGGACGACCCGGGCGACGCGUAAUCACGCGUAAAAACGAUACGGAUAACGCAACGACAGAUCGCGAGAGGAGCUUUUUUAUCCAGCAUAUUAUUAUUAUUCCGACAUAUCUCUCUUUCGACAACGGAACAUGUAUCUCUGGGAGUCAAAAUUUCGCGAUUCGCGCGUUCACGUUUGUCUUGCGCGAGGGAGAUAUUUAAUCUUAAGACACGUGACGACGGGCCGUGAAAAAUACUUUGGCAGGAUUGCGAGGCACAAGCGCGUUAACGUUAAAAACUCGUGCGAAGCGAGAAAACGCUAAAAUAGGCUCCUGGUACUGGGAACGGCACCCUACUACGAGUAACUUUUACGCGGCCAUACGUACAGAUUUCGUAUCGCGAGUCAAAAAGGGUAAACGCGCCGGUUCCCCUCUUCUUCCGAAGGAAGCGACGAGAGACUUUUAAUCGAUCGAUCGAAGCUUCAAGAGCGACCAUUUCGAUAAUCACACACGCAUACACGCAUCCCACCCGAUACUUCGAACGAGGAACCCGCGUGCGUCAAGUAGGUAACAAAAGAAUCGAAUUCAAGGACCAAGAACAUUAUCCAAGGAGAUCAUAUCGUAGAAAGAGACACGACUUUACGAAACGACAUUGCUAUUCAAAACGCAUUCUAUAGCGGCAAGUAUGUUACUCUCGUUGAAUAACUUAUUGAGAAAAUAAUCCAUUUAUACUUCAAAGAAAUCUAUUAGACGUAUAAGUGUAACGACGCGUAUAUUACGCGGGAGUCCUUUUAGGAUACGCUCGAUCCUUUCCCGAUUAUUUCUCCGAGUUGAUCUCACGUUGAAAAAUUACCGCGUUUUACUUGUAAUUGUUAUCUUUAAUAUCCAACAACCGAAUCUCGCGAUGACAUUCCCAGAUUUUAUUUCGAUAUAUACACACUUUAGCGCUAAUAUUUCAACUUGGAAAAUAUGAUUAAUAUACAUACAUAUAAAUAUAUAAAUAUAUACGGCGAAUUCCAAAAUAUACGAGACAAGAAAAAUUGCAACUAUUCGUCCAAUGACUGUUGGCGCAGCAGUAUUGUUAAGCUAGUCGAUAAUUUGUAAUGUGCUAUAUUCCUUUUUUAUAAUAUAUUAAACAUUUAUUUACAUACAUACUCUAGAUUUAGAUGGCGAGAUGUUUGAGAACAAACGACGUCGCGAAAUCUCUCGUGACGAUUCCAUCUAAAACAAUCAAUGAAAUGACGUUACAUUUCGCGCGCGUUCGCUCGUUUGUUUCCGAAUAUCUUUGAAAAUGAAAUAUCGCUAUGCUCGGGCGCUACUAUUCUGUGAUCCUAAGAGAAGAAAUUAAUCGUCUUACACGUCAAAUGAAAUCACAUUGAAAAUGUUCUUUCGAAAUAUCGUGUAUACUCUGUAUAUAUUAUAUACUAUAUAUUAUAUUAUACACGCUGCAUUAUAUACAUGCUGUUUUUAUCAUCAUCGCGCGGGGCGCUAUCUACUUCUUACAACACAAAGAGUGUCCCACUAUAUUUAAUUAUAUCUAAUUACAAUUUUUUAUGCCUUUUGCAAAUUUAAGAAAGUGAGAAUGCGCGAGUGCGAGAGAGGAAAAUUGUGUGACGAUGGGACUAGAGAGAAAGAGAGAAGGAGAUUGUAAAAGAAUAGACGCGAAUAAAAAGGGCGAAAUUCAUUACGAUUAAAUCGGGGUCGGUUGAGACGAUCGAUGGGAAUUGGGAGCAGACCUAUCGCGUUUGACUGAAUAUAAUAUCCUUACAAAAGUCGCGCCAAAAAAAUUUCGCUUAAAUAAUUUUUUAAACGUCCGGGAUUAUAAAAGAAUCGCUUUCGAAUGGCAACGGUGCGUGAAAAAUUUCGUCGAAAAUUAUUUUCGAAAAUCUUCUUAAACCGGCUCUGAAUUAAACGUCGUGCAAAAGUGCCUUUGGUUGUGCAUUUGAUAUCUUCCUUUGAAUUUGUUCGAGAGACGAAGAGAUACAUGUGAGAUUAUAAUUUCGCGUAUACUCGUUUGAUUUUCGCGUGUCUCGGAUACGCGCGAACUCUAUAAACGAUUAUUGUAGACAUGCACAAACGUAUGAAUGAAUGUUAAUCGAGGAUCGAUCGUUUCUCAAACUUCUGUGAUCACGAGUAUUCUCUAUUUUUGACAAGCAAUUUUUUAGUCUCAAUUCUAUUCGUUUGUUUCCUCGACUCGAAAGGCUGAAAUCGCAAACUAAUCUUACUUAUUAUAUACAUGUAUUAUACAUACGCGCAUACAUAUACAUAUAUAUGUGUACAUAUAUGUAUACGUAUGCAUGUAUAUAGCGUAAGUCUCUCUCGCAUUUAAAUCUAAGGAUAUACAUCUUCUUAAAGUUAGAAAUACUUCUCGUACUAUCUCGAUUGUAAUUUUGUUGUUUACAUAUGAUAGAUUUACAAGGCACGAUAUCUUUUCAAGGGGCGCAUACCUAUCUGAGACGGGAAAUGUCUCUGCUUCGGGUACUUUAUCGCCCUCAAAUAAGUGGUACAAUUAUAUUCUACAUAGUGUCGCGCAUAUAUAAGCACGCGCCUAUCGUAUGUUUGCAAACUUUUCAGAUUUAAAUGCAUGAAUCGAUUAUCGAUGCGUAGAAAGCCACAUUUCUGGAAGAAACGACAUUUCUUUGCAGAAUUAUUCGUUAUAUCUCGCACAUUUUUGUUUCGUGCUACUUUGAAAAAUCUCGAUCGUUGACUUUACAUUUUACAGCAUUUUUUAGAUACAUAUAAUAGCGCGCGACGUAUAUAGUAAAAAAUAGAAGUGCAUUAUCCGCACAAUGAAACACAAGAGACCGAUGAAUGUGGAUGCACGAUUCGAUUAUUCGAUGACGAAUCAAAUCGUCGUUGCGUUAAUCGUUAGUCUUUUUUCGAAAGCGAUUAUUUCCUCGAUAUCCCUGGAGAUUUAAAAAAAAAUCUCCAUUUCGUGGCGAUUGCUGCGAGCGAUCCUGCCCAUUAAUGCAGCUACGAUAACCGGAAGAGCCGGCAUCCUUUGUUUUUGCGAGAGAAUAGUAACGAUAAUGGGAGGGAAAGAGUUGAAUUCAAUGAUGAAAGUAUUGCUAGAAACGCAUAAACGAAACUAAAAUGCUCAUUUUGCGAAUAUAUAUUACACAGAAUGAACCUCUUCUAUGCCGUUACACACAUCUUGAUCAAAUUCUUGUCGAAAUCUCAAGUAUGUAUAAGCGAAUGUAUCGAGAGAAGAAACGUCUCAGACAGCAUCCAUGUCCAAAAGACGUCAAAAAGACGACUCAAAGAUGUCUUAAAGUCCUCUAGACGUCUUUGAGAUGUCUGUUUUGGCCUUUUUGUGUCCGGGAUGUUUCCGUUUCUCAUUCAAUAUCGUGUUUCACACGCUUCCGGACUGAAAUUGAUGCGUGCGGGUAAAUGAUAAGCGGCAAGAACACUCGAUGAAUGCGCAUAUCUGCAUCUCUCUCGGGACAAUUUAAGAAUAUUACUAUACUUACCGUGAAAUUUAUAACGUACAAGAUACAAGUGUAAGAGGAUACGUUUGCGUGGGGUCGGAAUUGCAGGGAAUAGUGACAGGGUGUUGAGAGGGAGCGGUGUUUCGCAGCCAUCGUUUACCGCAUCGCGUUACCGAAUCGAUGUCAUCUUCAUCCCCUCGGGAUCCGUCCUUGGGAAACGUAUCCGUAGAAGGCUAAGUUUUAAAAAAGGCUACGCGUUACACACGACGAAGAAAAAAAAAAGUAUUGUUGUAAUUAUCGUUAUAUACUAAAAUACGCGCAAAAGAGUGUCACUUCGCUGCUGUUGCGAUUACUCUCUACCAUAGGUAUUUUAAUCGAGUUCUCAAAGCUUUCUUAUGCGAUUUCUCUAUUGUACCACUUAUAUACAACUUGAUGCACGAUUUUUCGAGAAUAAAUAUUUAUGAAACGCUC